AUGAUGGAGAAAGGAAAAAGACAGAAGCCGAUCAACCUAAUCGAACUUCUACAUAAAUCUAACAACUUCAAUGGGGUGAGAGAAUUUGACAAUAAUCGAGUUCCAAAUUUACAUUCUCAUGAGCCUCCAAACAGCUGGUCUCUAACUGUGGUGACUCUCACAUGCAUCGCAAUUGCACUUCCCAACAUUUCAAAUGACAAUGGUAAUCAGCUAGUGAGGUGUGUCGGAGAAGGCCUUUCCUUCUUAAAACUUAUGGAGAAAAGCCUGGACAAAAAUGGGGCUUUAGCAAUCAUCGGAAAUGCAGCAGAUUUUGUAUGGGUAGGAGUUGAUUUAUAUUGCAAGUGGCAAGAUAAGGAUCUCCGCAAAACAAGUCUUCGAGGCAGAACCUCCAAGGAAACAUUAGAAAAGCUUUCCAAUGAAGCUGAAAGGACUGUUAAGCAGUUCCUCGGAGAAGUAAAUGAUUUCCUAGUGGAUAACCCUCUGAAUUGGCCACUUAAGAUUAUAGCUGCUAACUCAAUGCAAAAGAGUGUUCGUCAAGCUGCUCUCCUUCUUGGUGAAACAGAAGAUAUUCUACAAAUUCUUCAGCAGAGUGAGAUACCAAGCUUGGAUCCUGGCAAAUUAGCUUGCAUUGAUGAGUGGCGUACUUUUAUCGAGGGAGAUAAUUGGAAUUCUCAGGCCACAAUUUCAACUAUUGGAAGUGAAACUCAACAAACCAAUGAAGAGCAUGUAGCUAUUGAACUUCACGGCUGA